ACGCUUGUGAACAAUUUAAACUGAAUUUAAUAUAUAUUAGAUAUAUAAAUAAAAAGAAAAAGUUAUACAAUUGCUUUUAGGGAUGUGUUUUAUGGCUCUUUGGAAAGAUCUGAAUCUUUAGGAUCCGUUCAUUUCAAGGAGAAAAAAAAAACUGCAUACAUGCAUAUGAAUUAAUUAUAUAAAUGUAUGCGCUUAUUGGUGUUCAACUGUCUGGACACUACUCUUGAUAGUAAUGGAGGAUAUUUUUGAAUCUUAAAUCUGGCUGCCAUUGACGGCACUAGAUGUCCAAACCAUUUUCAGUAAUAGAGUUGGCAACAAGUGACUGAGUUCAUUUGCUGCCACAUCCCCAGUUCAAAUUGACUAAACGUCCACAACUAACGAACUCAUAAAAAAGAGGCACGUGAAUAUAUGUGUAUUGUCUAUCAUUGUCCAUAUCACUAUAAGAGUUUAAUAAGUGCAUAUAAACUGGGUCGCAGCCAGUCAUACCGGUACAAAAUGGAUUGGACGUCCACCGCUGCCAAUAGCAGCGAAUGAGUGAAUAGUUGCUGUGUAAAUGGCACUUGAACAUAAUAUAUUAGAAAAGAAAACAUGGGAGCAUUACAUGAAAUAAUUUAAGUUGACACAAAUUCAUUUCCUCAUUCACUCACCAAAAAUUAGCUUGAAGCAAGGAAGCCGUUUGAAUGGCUGGAGGGCGGCGGCUUAAUUUGAAAGUUUUCCCUCCAACGGCUUUAUUCGCUCAUUUGAAAUUCCUGUCAUCCAAUUGUUGGAAGGGAAACUCGCGCGUGACUUUCCACUCGACCAAUCAGCGUUGCCGAGACGCCGACUGUAUUUUAUAAAAGCUGCCGCGCUCAAGCUUGCCGCAUAUUCGGGUCGAACUCUCGUCUCGGUGAAAAUGGCAAGAACAAAACAGACAGCUCGUAAGUCCACCGGUGGAAAGGCUCCCAGGAAGCAGCUGGCUACCAAGGCUGCCCGCAAGAGCGCACCGGCCACCGGAGGUGUCAAGAAACCUCACCGCUACAGGCCGGGGACCGUGGCUCUCCGUGAAAUCCGUCGCUAUCAGAAAUCCACCGAAUUGCUCAUCCGCAAGCUGCCUUUCCAGCGUUUAGUCAGGGAAAUAGCUCAAGAUUUCAAGACCGACCUCCGCUUCCAGAGCUCCGCCGUCAUGGCUCUUCAGGAGUCCAGCGAGGCUUACUUGGUUGGCCUGUUUGAAGACACCAAUUUGUGCGCUAUUCACGCCAAGAGGGUCACCAUCAUGCCUAAGGACAUCCAGCUAGCCCGCCGUAUUCGCGGAGAGCGGGCUUAAGUUACUCCAACUACACUAAAACAACGGCUCUUUUAAGAGCCACGCACUUCCUUUCUAAGAGAUAUUCCUUUAUUGAGAAUUGUAAUGUAUAUUUUCAUAUGCCUUAAUGAUUUUGAAUGAACGCUUUAUUUUGGACCUGAGAAAAUAAAUAAAAUAUAUUAAAAAUCAGACAAAACCAAUGAUAUACUCGAGACAACAUCAACAAUAGUUAAGACAAUAAUAACAUAUUAUAUUUUAAAUAUGUUCCUUUUUCCUUCGUGUUCUUAUAUACUACAAUUUUUGUUGGUAUGCUUGCUAUGAACACACUGUGUGAUUCCUGAAUA